AUGGAGAAGACUUUCUGGGGAGGCACCUUGCGGCGCUUCCGGUUGCCACUGCUCCUACUGUGCCUGUUGCCGGGACUUUCCUUCCUCAGCGCAUUCCCCACCGCCGUCCAGCGCGCGACGUCGGUGGCGCGCCGGACGAGCAACAAGCCGUCCGGCCCUCCUUUGCCUUCUGCGCCCCUCGGGAUUGUUUGGCCCUCCAAGGCCGACGGCCACGGCGGCGUGGUCGUUGAUCUCUUCCUGGACUUGUGCUGUCCAUUCUCCAAGCGAUUGCUUCACACAGUCGCAGGCGGCGUAGCGGCUUCCUACGAAGGGAAGGUUACCUUCAUCUUUCAUCCGGUUGCGCAGCCGUGGCAUGGGCAGAGCAGCUUCAUGCACGAAGCCGCCUUGGCCGUGCUCAAGAUUGAGGGUCCGGAAGCCUUUUGGGGCUACGCUGUGGAGGUCUGUCGACGCCAAGAGGAGUUCUUCGACGACAGUACCUUUGAGAAAAGUCGGCUGCAGAUUUACAAGGAGCUUGUGAUCAUCGCGAACGAGAUGGGCUUCGAUUCAUCGAAAAUUAUGGCGAGGCUACAGCUGGCCGGCAGCGGCAAUUCGGGAAACGCAGUGACACAGCGCAUGAAGUGGGUGACGAAAUUCCACCGCACUCGAGGAGUUCAUGUCACACCCACCGUCUUCGUAAAUGGUCUGGAGGCCGGGAUGUUCCCAAAGGGUGUCAUUUAG